GCACUUCGUUCUUGCCAUCUUGUAGACUGGCUGUGUUAGGAGCAGAGCGGCAGCAGCAGGAGUUAGCUGUCUGUCUGUUAGCUUCCAGCCGCUCUGGUAAAGUACUGAUCUGUCAGCUAGCUGCUAGUAGCAGCUGCCAAAAGUGAGCUGUCCACACGGCGAGAGACAAAACUUCGCCGAGUUUGAGACAUUUUCUCUGUCUACCGCUGGAUCGUAUGUUCUCUUUGAGGAGCUUAUGGAUUUGUUUACAUCAUGAUGUCGCACAUGCUGGCACCGAGGUGGGGAAAACUAGCGAUCAUCAGCUAACUCAGCUUGUCGGAGAGAAGCACAGAUCUCGCUGAGAGAAGAAGAAGAGUGGGCUGUGAGACCGGGCCCUCCUCAGACUCAAGUACCGACAGCAGCUGCCGGACUAGAACUUUGACAAGGGCCUGAGAAGAACUCCGCGACCGGGACACGAGAGAGGCCGACGAGGGUUUGAGAGAGGCCGGGGGAGGAGAGCAGCAGUCACCCCGCGGGACUGGCCCCGGCUGUGACACUUUUCUCCGACAGGGGAGAGAGGAAGAGGAGCGAUAUGGAAAUGUCUUGUGACGGUACGUGUCUGUGUCAUUUCCCUCAGUUGUGAAUUCUACCACAAGACAUUAGUCCAGGACUUGACUUGAAGCAGAUAGUCAACAUGUCGAAAAUGCCAGCGAAGAAGAAAAGUUGCUUUCAGAUCACAAGUGUAACGCAGGCUCAGGUGGCAGCCAGCAGCAUCACGGAUGACACAGAGAGCCUGGACGAUCCGGACGAGUCCCGGACCGAGGACGUGUCAUCGGAGAUAUUUGAUGUUUCCAGGGCCGACCUGGGGGUGUGUGAGAGGAGUUCAUCCGAGGAAACUUUAAACAGCGUGGAGCCUCAGGAGGGCCAGCCGCCCACCUCAGCUCCUGUCAACGGGGGACUUUCCUAUAAAACCGUGAGCACUGGUCGUGCCACCCCACACAAUUUAGGAAGUGUGACUGCGCCGGCAACAGCACAACCCAUUGUUCCUGGUUCAUCCUCCCCUGCUACCAUUGUUCCUACCAGUGUGGCACCCUCUGCUCCUGUGAGCACCAGCUGUAGUUCACGUUUUAGGGUCAUCAAACUUGACCAUGGUACCGGGGAGCCCUUCAGACGGGGUAGAUGGACAUGCACUGAAUUUUAUGAGAGGGAUUCAGAUUCAAAUAGAACUGUGGAUAGCAUAAAGCCAGCUGUAACCCUUGAUCACAAUACAGACAGGGACAGUGGACUGGGGACGAUUAGUAACUCUGUGAUCACUAGCUGUGCUUUUUCUGUACAAGCUUUGGAGAACACAGCAGACAGUGGCUACUCCACUGGGCACCAUGCUCACACCCAUCCUUCAGAGCCUCUGCAGCAAGGUUACAGCUUGGCCUCUCAGAUUGGAAACGGGGCAAGUGCCUUCAAGCCCACUGGGUUUACAAGUACAGCAUCACAGCAACCACCGCAGGCUCAGGUCAAUAUCCAGCCCGUUGCUCCUCAGACCAUCCUCUCAAAUAGCCUCAAUGGUGUGCAACAAGUUGCCAUGCAGCAGAAGUCUCCCAUCAUGCCUCCUGCUACACAGCCCCAGCAGUUUGCUUAUACUCCCCAUCCCGCUGGCCUCUCUACAGGCCAGACAGACUAUCAUCAGCAGCACUUUGUCUCAAGCACUCAGAACCUUCCCAUGUCGGCCGUCCCUAUGGGGCUUACAACCAGCCAGGUACCCUCGCCUCUAAUUACCCCCGCUGGUCCAGGAGCCCAGGGGCUGGGCGGAGAGGCAGCAUCUGCCCAGGGUCUCCUGCUACAAGUUGGGAAUGCAGCAGCCAUAAACCACGUCCUUUUAGGAAAUGGCCCCCACCAGCCUCCAGGUGGGAUAAGCAAUGCUCCUGCACCAUCAGUCACCACAGCCGCCUCACACAGUGUUGUUCAGAAUGCGCAUGCCACAGUGCCCACCACUACCAACAUCCUCCCAGGUGUGCUAAGUCAAGCAUCUGGGACAGGAGGACUGGUCCAGCUCCAGGGGGCCCAUGGAGGAGCAACAACAGGCCUACCUUCUGUCUUCAACAACCUGCCAGAAGAUAGCAGGCACAAGAUUGCUGACCCCAUAUCUGGUGCUGUUGUGGUGGCGGGAAAAGAUGGUGUGAAGCCUUUCAUUGGCGAGGGCCUCAACCUGCCCACUCCUGCUGUCAACAGCCUGUUUGGGAUCCAUAUCACCAUGAAUGUGGAUGAGGACAGGUAAGAGAGUAUCAAGAGGGAAAAAGAGUCUAAGAAAUGUUUUUUAAAGUUAUGUUUGAUGCUCUCCUCUAAAAGGGAGCAAUUACAGACGCAGUAUUAAUAUAAAGAUAUAGCAUCUCACAGUCCAAAGAACUCUGCUAGAAAAACACUUUCACUUGUACAGCACUGAUACAUUGUUUGAGGUACCAAGUGUGUAUCUGGAAGUUUGCCCUUCUAUUAAAAAAUCUUGUUACAUUCUGCAACAGUGUGGUCAUACCCAACACUGCGGCGAAUGCCUCUCCCUUCACCAAUACCAAAAGUAGCCACACUAUAACUAGAAGUGCUCAGUUGUACUAACAGAACAAUAAAACGGAACACAGAUUUUUCAGAGCCCUGUUUGUGCAUUUAAAGCUGUAGUCUGGGAGGAAGAAGAAGAGAUUAUGGGGCAUAGUGAGCCAAUGAAAACUGGCAGGAACAGGAGAAAAUAUUCAGUCUCUUCAUUAAUAGGCAACCCACAAAACCCUGGAUAGUACCUCGCCUCUUCAGACACCCACAGCCCCCUCCCUCAAGCUUCUAUUCAGCCAUACAGGCUGUUAGAGUUUAGGGGGCGUUAACAAGCACUUGGAUAAGUUACAACACUCGCAGUAGUUGUGUUUUGAAACUAAAAAAUCUCCUCAAGCGCAGACAGACUGUUUUUAUUCUUCUGCCUAUUGGCUCUGCACAGUAAUCCCAACCUCUUUUAAACCUUGUAAAUACUCACUCUUCACUUGCCUACAGUAUUAUUCUAAUGUACACUCAGUGGCUAUUUUUAGGGUCUGUCUGAUGGCCCUCAGUCAGCUUGAGCUGAAGUGUUGCCACUCUUUGCCAUGCCACACAAGCAUGGAGAGUUGGAGAGGUGAUUAUUUGAGCCCAGAAUGACCCACAUGAGAGUACACACAUGUGCACAGUGUCUCCUGUGUUUGUGUUGGCCUGAGUGUUUAUCUGUGUUCCCUGUCCUGUUCUUCAGCCGUUAUUAUGAAUGGUACAACUAGAGGAGGUGUGUGUGUGUGUGCUCAAAGAGGUCCGAUUUCAAUCACUCACAGCUCAGAUAUUCUUGAAGCUAAUCAUUGUUAACCGAACAACUUAAUCCGAGUGGCAUCACGUGUGGGUCAAGUUUGCGUGGACUGCCGGAAACAUUGUCUGUUGUCGCUGAUUUCGUCAAGGAAACAGCCGGUGCCCAUUUCUCUGGCUAUGCCUCAGUGUGUAAGCAGGAGGGGUGACAUCAGUGGCUGCCUGCGUAACUAUGGUGAUGCUGGCAGCAGGACAGGACAUGUCAGAGAGAUGACAGGCAGAUGGACACACAGACAUGGACCUACAUCAAACACUCACACACCUUUGGUAAUGAUAGCAGGCACGUAAGCUGGUGAUGACAUAGCUGGACUGAAUCAGCACUAUGAUGUCUGGGUUUAGCUCUGCUUCUCAGACCUCAGUCCUUGUUAGGCCCGUCCAUGUUCAUGUUUACACGUCGGCUUAACACAGUCUUGACUUGUAGCUAACCUGUUGGAGUGUAAUCUACUCUGCACCCGUCUACAUUUAGUCAUUCUUCCAAUAGACUGUUAAUUGUAAGUUAUGCUGUUAAUAUUAUCAUCUAACAACUACCCCCUCAUAUGGUUGCUGGUUUUUAGAAUAACAAGAUGCAUUUAGUGUCUUUGUUGAUGGUGUCCUUUGCUUUUGUAGGUCAGAAAGAGGCAUAAAAGGGUGCUGGUUUGGCCUGGUGGUUAGUCCAGGUGCCCCACAAGCAGAGGCUGGGGUUUGUGCUCAACACGCAAAGGAAAGUGUUAUGAGUAUCUGAUUCAGUCCGAUUCAAAACAUGUGAAAAAGUCUUCACAGGAGCUGUACAGUUGCAGUGAUAUUGCCAAACAGCCAGUAGCACUUAGUAUGUCUUUGUCAGUCACUUUGAAAUUUUCCAAGACAGACAGGUAAGAUAGUUGGCUGCCAUCAGAACAUUAAUCUUGCAUCCCCUCUGGUAAAUCACAUAGCUGGCAUUCAAUUAAAAAUCAGUCACUCACUUUUUAUUUGCUUACAGGACCAAAUCACAUCAAAAGUUAUGUAUGACACUCUUGUACAGGCUCCCAGCGCAAUCUUGUAUGUGUAAUGAAACAAAGCAUUGUUGAAGUGUUGACAGAAUCAUGUCUGCAGCACGCAAUGCAGCUAGCAGGUGUAAUGACAAAGGGGAAAAAACAUUUUAUUUUUUAAACCCUCUUUUUGAGUUGUUUAAACUAUCCUUUAGUUCCACAAGGAGAUCAAGUGUUACCUUAAAUGUCUUUAAAUGUACGCUAACUUUCACAGUUUUUUGUUUACUUUAAAGCCAUUAACUUAAGGCAGAAAACUUGAUCAAUCACAAAGACCUAGGUAAUGGAUCUUUCUUACAGAGUUCCAAACCUGAGGCAGGAGUUUAAUUAAAAAAGAAAAUAACUUUUCAUAAAAUUUUAAAUCAAGACUUUAUGAGCCUGUAAACCUUACAUAAAUAGUGAAAAUAGUACCACAGUUUGUUACUUUUCGUAACUGCUAUAUAUGACCUCAGCCUGCUGCAUACAUCCACAUGUAUGUACAGAAUUGAAUUUUGGUUUACUUCAAAACUUUUGAGUGUAGUUUCAAGGAAAAGUUGUGACGCGCAAAGGCAAGUUGGCAUCUACAUGCAUAAUUUUAACUGUCAUCAGCUGCAAUUAAAAUGCCUUGUUAAGUCAUAAAGUUCUUGCAGAUCUCAGUGCUCACAAAAAAAAAGACGUAUCUGAAGGAACACACCCCAGUGUUAGAUAAGGAUGGUGUGCACAGCCUAAGCCAUGUCGAGGAAUCUGCUCCGAGUUUCAUUGUUUUGCUCUGUUUUGAAUUAGUGUGCAUCACAAAUGUGGAACAAAGCAUUGUGGGGGUGGAGUCUCGAGAUUAGAAUGAUUUCCCUCCAUCUUGAAACGGUUAGCAUCUCUGCUCAGCACGUUGCGCCGCUGCCAAAUGAAGUGAUAAAGCUGACCCCCCAGGACUAAUUGGUUCCUUACAAUAGAAGCACUUGGUCUUUAACUCAAUUACCUCUUUCAGGGUAGACCACCAUCCUUUCCCCAUCUAUUGUCCCAAUUAGGAAUGUUAUCCAUCAAUACCUGAUUGAUUUGUGAAGCAGAAAAACUGUUGUAACUCGACCACUUGAGGGAAAUUCAGCCUGACGGAUAGUUUUGUGCACGCAUGACUUUUUGUCGUCGCUUUUAAUUCAGAGGAGCACAACGUCUGACGGGAAAUCCAAAUGACUAAUGUGAUUUAUAAGUAAAUGAAGAAAAGACUUGUGAUGAGUUCGAGACACACCUUACAGGUCAUCUAAUCUGGGAAGAUUAAUGAUAUCGAAUGAAUCAAAGGAGGAAUAUGUAAUGUAUCCGAAUUAGUAUUUUGAGUCAUGGUGCUUUUUAAUAUCUUUGUGAAUCACAAUGAGCUCCCUGAAGCCUUUUGAAGUUUGGUCAUGAACUCCAACAAAGAAGUUAAAACCCUGUGUAACAUGUGAUGUUGGUGAGCUGGUGCAUGUCCUGGAAAUAUUUACAUGAGGUCACGGCUCACCUGUGUUUCUCUGUGAUUGUGGCGGUGGUGGGAAGGGUAUUUUGAAUAACAUCUAUAAUAGUUUAGAAGUCAGUUACCUCAAAUCCCCAUACGGAUCAGGACUGAUUAAGUUUGUUUUCAAUAGAAUAGAUCGAUUUUCAGCUGUCUGCUUUGAAUAUCAGACAAAAUCUGAGACAGUUCAAAACUCUUAAGGAAGAAGUGAAAAUCAAAGAGAAACAGUUCCUCUCAAAAUACCUUCAUUAUCAAGAGGAAUGAGUUUAGAGUUUGCUGAAAAUCUCUGCCAACUUAGUGCUUUUUUUUUGCCAACAACUGCGUAAAAGAGAAAGAGAGCACCUUAAUGUAUUGUGUUUCAGUUAUGGUUUUACGUUUAAUGAAUCAGGCGCUAAUGACUCACUGCUUUAAGUUUUUGAACCACAGAAAGCGUUAUUUUUCGACUCUUCCUUCACUGUGAGGUUUUCGCCUGAUUCUUAAACCUCUCUCUUUCUCUCGACACCAGCCUCACACUGCUGCUCGUUGUUUCUCCUGAGAGACUUUCUUACUGGAAACUGUUUGACUUUUUUCCAGAACUAAAAGCGGUAGUUACCUCAGACUUCAGGCUCCGUCGUAAAUGUGGAAGAGGGGUAAAAAUCUUCCAAGACUCAUGAGAAGAUAGUUUCAGUGACCGUAAGUAGUUUAGCACCUGCAGGCUCAUUCAAAAUUACCUGCCUUCACCUUUGUGCAUGCAUACAUAUUUACACUUGAGAGCACUCCAGCUCCUUCAGGGUUCGCUGUCAGUUAAAGAAUUUUAAAUACACAAGGUUGGGUGAGGUUUGCUGUUCCUGGUUCUGGAUUUAAAACAAGCAUUUGUCAGUCAAUUUAGUUCUUUAAUAUAUUUUUGCAGAGGGACUAUAUAUUAGCAACCAAGCUAACGAACUUAGGCCAAUGAAAUGAUAGUAAAUAAGCGGCUCAACCUUUUCAACUUGCAUUUUACGCCUCUGUGCAAGUGUAUAAACUAAAAUACUCCUAACUUUAUUGUCUAACAUACUUUACAUGUCACCUAAAGCUGUAAUCUGACUGAAAGUUUCAUGAAAACUCUAUAGGAAAGUGUGUGAGUUCAGCUUGAUGGAAAUUCUGAGUCUACUGCCUCUGAUAGAUGUGUGGGCAGUUGCCUCUACAGUUUGUAAAACAAUGGUUCAGUCGGUGAUGGAGGGUAUUCCUGUCGCCUUUUCCGAGGAGAAAAAUGGUUAUCUGCAUUCUCUAAGCAGCCGCCUGUUAAUAUAUGUGAACGCUCGAUUGUUUUGAAGCUUAGCAGGAGCUUAGAGGGUGUCUAGGUGUUGAGCUGUUAACGGCUUUCAGCUGACUUUCUGUGUGAGAAAAAUAUUAGUUAACUUGUCAGUCAAGUGGUGAUGAAAUGCUCAGGCUCAAGGAGGAAACUUUUUACAGUUUGACUAGUCAUCCUACUUUUUUUUCUAAGAAGAGCAGAAAGAGCACGAACGGAGAGAAAUGCCUUUUUUAUUCAAGCACAGUUUGGAUCAAUUGUGACCCCCUCGAGUAGAAAAAAAGGAAAAGUGAGAAACCUAUAAGGAUUGACUGGUUUUGUACCCUAAAAAACUAAAGAAAUAUUUUGGGGUUUUAACAGGGAAGCCAAACAAAAUGACACAAAGGGCGACACGAUGUAACUUUCCUGAUAAAAGAAGCCCAGCCUGGUUUGUUGUUGGUUGGAUGUGCACAUGUUUGGGACUUGCACUGUAGCCCUCCCCCUGUUUUGCCUCUUGGCAGUUUGACAGUUGAACACAAAGGGGAGGGAGUGAGGACAGGGUGGGAUGGAGAAUCAGGUCUUGGAUGGAGCGUGUGUCUGAGUGUGUUUGUGUGCGUUGGGGGUUGUAGUUCGGUUGCCGCAAUGCCUGGAAACAAGGGAGCAGCUUAUUUUCCACAGAUAGCUGACCUGCCUGAACUUCCAGGGGACACAUUCCAGGAGCCCUGAAUGGCUGUGAUUGUGGGACGCCCCGGGCUGCAGCCCAGGCAGACGGGUCUGCUUUUGGGGCUGGCCCUGCCUCCUGUCUGUCUCCUUCUCUAAUGUGACUGGCCUGUGUCCCCGGCUCUUUUUUAUCCCUUACUGACCCCUUCACACACUCUGCUUCUAAAUGAGGCAGUUUUCAUUUCCUCUGUACAAACGUGUCUCUUUUCGUUUUUAUUCAAUUAAGGGACAGAAGUUCAGUUCCUACAAAAAACCUCUUUUAUUUCCUCUUAAAUUCAGGGGGAAAGUUUUGGUAUUGUGCAACCGCCACCAUAUUUUUAUGAGCCUAACAAUGUGUCAGAGUAUUGGCCUAUUAUGAUGUGUCCUGAGACUGCUUUCAUUAUAUGCUAAUUUCCAAAAACAGUGCUCCUCUCCUGCAAAGAGGCAAACCAAACAGUUCUCAUGCUUGUUUGAUUUGCAUGAGAAUCGUAUUUGAUUUUAAAACAUGUAAUGCUUGUUUUGUGUUUCCUGUUCUCUAAACUUUGAAAGAUCUGAAGAGGCCAGUGGUGUGAGGCAAAGUGGUUGAAUAAGUUAGCAUAGCAGGACCCACCCUGUUAUCUCAGCGAGAUGCGGUCAGGGGAUCACUUCCAAUUAGAGUGGACCUGCCAAAGCAAGUAAACAAGCCCUCUCCUGGCGGCCUACCAUAACUAACUCAGUUUGUGCUGGGAGCCAGGCCAUUGAAUUGGCCGCAGAGUAUGGUGUGUGCUGUUCCAGGAAUGAGGACAGUGUGUGCAAACUGUUAGUGUUUGUUGUUUUUUCCUAAAUGGUCUCAGUACAGAACAGGUUAGACCCCCUUUUUUCAGAGUGACUGCAGCAUGUAAAGUAUGAACCGCCCGGUUUCAAAGAAAGCCCUCUUACAAAAGAGAGACCUUGUUGACAGGCACUUGUUACCAGUUGGUCCUUUCUGUGUUGAGAAGUGGGCCAUGUUGAACAGAGAGCUUAUGUAAUUACUGUGUUGUAACAGAAUAUGUCAAAAUAAAUCUAAUGCCAAGAUAAUGCCAACCUUUUUCUUUACUUUAAAUAUAAGUCCCAUUAAUUCCAUCCCACACUUGCCAAUUUGAAGGUCCUUUCAUACCGGGACUGUUUUUGUCAUGCGAUUAUUUCGGACGUCAAUAUUUCUUUUCGAACCCGUAUCCUGUCAAUACAAGCGUUCACAUCAGUGACGUUUUCCCGUCCUGCGAUAUUGCGCCAUUUAUUUUAUCAGAUCACGGUCGAUUUUUCUUGAGUUUCACAUACUGUGUGUCAACCUCUGACCAUUCAGAUUGCGUGUUGUUGCGACGUCAGAUUCACCGGUAUAUCCAAUGUGGCCGACCGAUUGAUUGUUUACGUGUCGGAGAACAGAGUGCUUUUUGAUAAAAAAAACACAAAUAUUACAAAGAUAACGACCUGAAGGACAACUUGUGGAGAGUCAUAGCGUCGGAUUUCUCAUAUGACGAUAGUUUGUGUGCUUUAACAGUUUGCUAAACGUCUUUGUUUUAACUUUCAUCUGUGCAAACGUAUGCUAAUGGUUGUGACCAUAGGCUGUGUCCAAAAUGGAUCCCUAACCCCUAUAUAGGUGACUACAUGGGGGUUAGCGCCAUUUUGAGGGGUGUCCGAAACCUCAGUGAUCAAUUCCAGUGCCCAAUAUAGGUGACUCAAGAUUUCCCAUAAUGCAUUGCAAAAUGUAGUGACCAUCCGAUGGUCACUCAACGGUGGCAGGCGUCCCGUUAUGCAUUGCGUCUUGCCAUGUAGUGUCCAAAACUUCCGGUAAUUGAGUUCACUACAUAGUCAACUAUAUAGUAAAAUCCCAUAUGGGAGUAAGGGGUUGGGGAUUGAGUGAUUCAUUUCGGACACAGCCAUAGAUUAAUGUGCUUAUCUUAUUGCCUCUGAUUGGCUAUAAGUGCUGACCGUUUGGCUUGAGCGUGUGAUGACGUUUUCAGCUUUUCGAGCCAAUCGGAGUCGAAGGAGGCGGGACUUUCCCUGGCAAAAGUCUUCCCCGGGAUGUGUCUUUUUCCCCCGAAAAGUCGUAAAAUCGCAUCGAGCUUGAUGUGUAUAGUCAGGCGCGUCAAAAUUCGCCUCCGGAUAUUUAGUACUUUUGCGUUCUAUAUUCAUGUCGGCCCCGGUGUGUAAGGACCUUUAAGAUGGUUUCCAAAAAGAAAGAGUAGAAAUAUAUAUAUACGCUGGUGCUCAUAUAUUAAAAAUAAAAAAUGGCCAAAAACACUUCUGAAUCAGCAGUCAGCAUGCCAGUGUCAAAUUAAUGUGUUAAAUGUAAAGAUAAACAUUAGCUGCUGGCACAUUAUUAACCAAUGGGCUGAUGUCUGUCAGUAACCAGCACAUCCAUGCAUGCCUGAUAUAAAGAAAUGAAUUCGUUGUCACGUGUCAGCCCCUUGUGUUUAAUUAAAAAAAAACUAUUCUUAAUCCAUCUCCAAAUUUACUGACACUAGGACACAAAGUUGAAGCCCUCAACUCUGUUUGAACCUUUGUGACAGUAAACAUAUAAGUGUGUUAAUCCCUCCUUGACAGCUCCACUUCAGAACUUCCUCAUAAUGUCAGGCAUGUCUGUUUUAGAAGUCUCAGUUCUUUUACAGUAAAGUCAGAUUUUUUCAAAUAGGGAAGUGAGAAGGAGAGAUAAAAGUCUGAAAGUCUAUUUUGGAGGCUGUCGCUCUGCAGAUUUUAGACACAACUUCUGGACUGUCACCGGGCAGAACUAGUUACAUGUCAGGCUUUCUCUGUCAUUUUUUUUCAGAUUUGUAAUCAUGCAUACGCAAAAAUAAAUCUCUGAAAGCAACUCAGUGUUUCAGCACGUCUGUGCAAAAAUGUCCAAAUAAGCCAACCAGUGACUGUAGAAAAAGUGGAGCUGUGCUUUGCAGCCAGUAAGUCUCCCAUAGUGGGGGAAAAAGGGCUGAACAACAGUGUUUCAGAGCUGAGCCCCCCUCUCCCCCCUUUAGAGCUCAAGAUGUCUGAAUAGUGAGUAAUGAGGAUGUGUGGAAAGCAUGGCAGGCAGCUGCAUUUGAGUCAUCCAUCCUCUCUCUGUGCUCUCGCUUGCCUUCAAUGGGUGUCGUCGACUGAUCGGCUCUCUGGUGUCUGUGACUGUUCAUCUGUUCUCCACUUCUGUGUGUGUGUGUGUGUGUGUGUGUGUGUGUGUGCGAGAGACAGACAGUUGGAUGGUGGUGUGGGAUAGUCUGAAGAGUUUGAGAGGCUCCAAGUUUUAAGAGAAGUGAAUUAGAGAUUUUGGGUGGUGCUCAUGUUUGGCUUCUUCUUGGUGUCUCCAGAGUUGGGAAUCUAUUUCAGUCAGUGUCAGUUAAAUCCACCAAUCGCUGCUGUUGUGUUGUGUUUCAAACUUUCCCAAAUAUCUUUUUUGAAAUAUAAAACUGGCAUAAACUUUUGAUUCAAUAAAAUGUCAUUUUAUGUUUGAUUUCAGCCUCUGAAUUAUUCUGCUGUAACAAGAUCAAUCUUAUCUUUCUUGAUGCAAAAGGAGGAAAUAAGACAGCACAGUCUGCUCUAAAGGCCAACUAAGGUCAUAUCCAUUUUGCUGAUUUGAAUCUCACAUCCAUGAAGGAAAUGGUACUUGCUCUGCAAAGUUUUUUUUGUUUCUGUUUUCAGCUAAGAGAGCUGCAGGUCUUGUAAAAACCGAGAUUUCCUGCUUCGCUUUGAUGUCCGCUUUCGUAUUUUGUUGAACACUUCCUCCCGGCAGCUCAUGUUCUGUCUCUCGAAUCAGCUUCGUCUUGACUGUAGUGAGCUCUCUGCCCCCCCCAUGACGAUCCGACCAGUGUAAGGAAACGGACGUGAGUCAUUGUGGUUUGGUAGACUGAUAUCAGUUUAUUCUCUCAGUGAAACCGUGGCACCAGAAACAGAUGGUACCUUGUUUUAUCUCCAAAAUCAGGUUGACUUUGUCGAAGGUGCCCAAACUUGUACUCUUAUUCAUCCAAUAAGCCCAUCCCACUAAAGUAAUUAAUCUCCUGGCUUUAGUCUAAUAACUUCCUGUAAUUAUGUCAUUAUCCUUACAUGUUCAUUUUGACUACUUAUACUGCUGAAAUAAUCAUUUUGAGGUUAUUGCAUCACACUGUCUCUUGUUUUUUUUUAGAGUAAAGAUCUCUCAAACCUAAACCGUGAUAAUAACGCUGAUAUGAAGCUCUUUUAACUGUGUCACUCCUCUCUUGUAGCCUUGAGAAGUCUUCAUCAGCUAUGUUGUCGACCUGGUUAGCACUGUGGUGAGGUGUGAUGAUGACUGGCUCGCUCUGAACUUUCACACUGUCUCUUCAUUUGACUCGUCCUCUAAGUUUAACUUGUUAAAACGUUUCGUCUUCGUUCUUAUCAUUCACACCUCUUUGAACUAGGCGCACCAGUAAAGAGCAAUGUUAUCAACUGUAAUAUUACAGUAAAGCACGUUACAAAGGGAUUUUAUGGUUUCUCACUGCGCAGUUCUUCAGAUCUGUCAAUAACUGUUUUUGAUUUGAGCGUUUAGUUCUUUCACUGUCCUCUCCCCUCAUGUCUGUGUGUUCCUCUACCACCUCACCUCUCUGCCAACCACCCUGCUUCUUGCCAAGAAUGAGGUCAUCCAAAAAAAACUCCACACCAAACAAUGGAAAAUAUUCGGCUCCCACUUCCUGUGCUGUCAGUGAAUGCACCUCAGCAGCAGGAAGUGCAACACGUAGGCAUUUUAUCAGUGAACCAGGAUCACUGCAAACAUGUUGGCCUUUGUGACACUUAAUGACGGGAAUGUUAAAGUAAGUGGCAUUUGGAGUCCAGAGACAGUGAUUCAUAAAAGAGGAGUUUAUUAUUUUAGAGCAAAAUCUAUGCUGACAGAAUUGUUUUAACCGAUGCUGAGGCUGUCAUAAAAGUACAUUUUCUAGCUUGAUCACAGUUGACGCAACAGGCAGUAAUGGUUAAUCAUUUUUUGACCCCAAUUUGGCAUGUUGAUAUCAAGCAGCGAUCUCGAGUAUUGAAGUAUGAAGCCAACCCAGCAGUGCUUAAACUGCAGUUCCUCAGGUGUCCUCUUGAGGCUGUCUGGACGCCGUCUGCCUCCUCGCUGGGUGAAGCCACUCCAAGAACAGCACCCUCUGUUGACAGGCUGCAGUAUAGGUCAUUAAUCCCGCCUCCGCCAGCAAAGCUUAUGGAGCUGUGGACAAACUUUAGAAAUUUAUGACACAGAAUAUAAAAUUUUCUCACCCCUGCUUGCGAUGUUGACAUUUGGUUACAGCAAAACUGGUUUGUGCUCAAGUCCUCUUUUUUUCUGUGAAGCUCCGUUUUUAAAAGUUAUUAGGGGGUUCAUAUUUACUAUGAUUGACACCUGAUACAGCCUAUCAGCGUUCAGGGAUUGCGUUGUUCACUCAGGGGUAAGCUGUUUGAGCCGAGCGUCAUCACAGCGACUUUCCUGCCGAAUGCGCACAACGCUACUGUGCAAUGCUGAUUUCAGGAAAAGAAGAAAAAUCGCGGAAAUACCAAGAGCUAUUUGGCGUCAAAUCUGUAUACAGGCGAACCAAGUUGUCCAUAGUUUAUACAGUCUAUGGUCUGUCUCCAGAAGCCUUGAAAUUCUUACACACAUCCAACCUGUUGGGUUGUACUCAUCCUAACGGCACAAAUAAAGAUGUUUACAGCCUGGUAUGGGGAAAAAAUCAUUUUUGUCUUUUUACAUUAGAUGGAAAUGAUAACUUAUACAUUCUUAUGAUAUCAGUAUUAAGAGAUUUGCAAAUCAAUGCUCAAACCAAUCCAGAAAACUGUGAACCAGGCAAAAACGCACAAAUUCUUUUGUUCCCAAGUGAAUCGUCUGUUUAAAGAGAGCCUGGAGCGGGACACUUCCUGUACUAGAGAACACACUGUAUCGAGGAAAGUUUACUGUAGGGCACCCUCUUGUUAUGCCCGUUAACACACCCAGUGUACAGCAUGCCAAAGGAGUGUGUUGUGAUUUGUCACAGGAAUCUGCUAGUGUGUGUUUUUUCUUCUAAACAGAGGUAUGAUUGCCACGGCAACUAGCAAAUACAACAGUAGGGAAGACUUUGAGCCAAAGCCAGAGUUUAGAUUGAUUUGUUAUGGAAUGAUUAGCGAUCAUUUCACAGGGCUCAGGUAUCCUGUUGUUUUUGUAGAUUAAGUAAUUCGAUGGUUUAAUUCAAAUCUCAGAUCAUCCUUAGGAAAACAACCGACUCAGUGAAAAUCCAGUGUGUUAAAAGAUCACUGUUGUGUAUGCAAACUGAAAAACAUAGUUGAUGCUUAAAAUGUAUUAUCAGCUGCAUCUAAAUCAUGCACUGGUGCACCUGAAUGAAAAGGUUACGAGCACCACAAAAUAAACAAUCUUAAGUCCUGCUCAAAACCAAACUGAGGGAACGUGUGUGAUAAGAUUUGAUAGAACAGAGCACAGCUUAAUGUUCGGUUUCUGGGUGGAAACUUAUGUAAUGAGACAGAUUACCUUGUGGAAAGUUGCUGCAGAAAAGGGCUCAUUCUUCCACUUGGGCGACACAUUGAUUAAGACGUGAGGCUUGACGUACAGUGCAGCGAUUUUAAGGAUUAAAGGUCACAAUUUUUUUAUUUUGGGUUGUAUUUUUCACUAUAGUUUGAUUUUUUUAGUUACUAUCUGAAAAUGAUAAAAAAUUAAAUCAACUUAUUUAGGCUUGCAAACAUACCUCUUAAGUCAUCUAAAAUGUAAUUAGUGUUUUCUUUUAGCUUUCCAAGAAAUCGUCAACAUGUUUAUACCGUUCGCAGCGUGACGUCCUGCUCUACAUGACCCUUGUGCUUCAUGCCAGAUCUUAGCGCCUCCAUCGCCCUGCCUGCUCACUUAACCCCCCCUGCUCCUCAGGAAAGUCACCAUAGAGUGACAGGCUGUCAUUGUUAAACACAGCAGCUGACGUGCACAGACAGAAACCGACCUGAGGGCUUGUAUGGCAGAGUUUACUCGGCCAGCACCACGCUUCAGGAGCCAAUUCUACACUUUAUUUAACCGGCUGAGUCAAUGAACUUGAGCUCCGUCGGGUGAAAUCGAGCUGAUAGGGCGGCUCUGUCGCUCCAGGCAGAUGUUAUCAUGUUAUCAGCUGCUGCCCAGCUGAAUGAGCCACCCUGGAUCCUGAAUUAUACGCACUCAUCAGUUUUCCUGGUGACAAUUAUGUGUAACCCCAGAGCAGAAAUUAACACCUUCUGCUCCGGAGAAUGCUCAUACUGGUGCGACAUAGCUUCACUCUUCUUUCACUGACUUUACAUGUUGUUUUGUCUUCGCAGAGGUAUUCAGGCUUGCUUUUAACAUCGCUUAAACUUCAGCUGUGGGUUGAGGUUUUUUAACUUGAGUCAUAAAUACCCCAACAAACUCCUCUUCUGUGCCCUAUGAGCUGUAGCUUCCCGUUGGAGAGUGGGCUGGGUCUGUUCUGUCGGUGGUGGUUGGCUGCACAGCCAGGACACCGCCUCACUCCCGUAUGGCCGCAGGCUGGGCUCCCAUGCAGAGAGUCAGGUCCCUGAUUGCCGCUAAGCCUCCCCCCCUUCUAUCUCCCUCUCCCAUGACAGCACCUAAUAACUGCUUUAUGAAAAGAAAUCCUCCAACUGCAGGGUUACGCCUCAUCCCUGCGUUCAGUUCAUUCAGCCCCCUCGGGCUUCAGCCACAAACUCCCAUUUUAAUUGUGAAUGUGUAUGUUGCACAAUGAAGAUAGAGAUGUAUGGUCAUGUGUGCAUGCGGGGAUAAAGUCCCUGUAAGUCUGUGUGCAGUCAGCAACUUCAAAGAGACAUUUACAGGAAAAACCACCUCAGGAAAACAACCCCCAGUCCAAAAACUCAAGUGUUUGCAGCAUGUUUGGUGUCAGACUGCCUUUCCUCAUGGUUUUCCACUUUAAACAUUAUUCAACCCGUUUUUAAAAUUCUGUUAAAGGAAGGAAAUCUAAAUCUGUGCCCGUCAUUGAGAGCAGGAGCAGCUUUCCUCAAGUGACCUGAGGGGGGGUGUGUUCAUUCAGGCCCAUGCAGAAGCCUUUUUUCUGAGAGAGCUUAAGGAGUGAAUGGGCUUCUCCGAGUCUGUUUAUUCAUUCUCUGUAUGUUGUGUCAUGAUUGCCAACCUGUCAGAGUUGAGGGGUUUUUAUUGGCAUACUUGUUUUUAUAAGUUCCUGUUUUGUCAGCAGGAAGUUGGAACCUCAUCAAACCAUCACGGCUAUGUGACUUCAGUUGUAUCAGAUGUAUAUGACAACUUUUAUUGUUCAGAGAAUAAUUUCAUCGGCAAUCAUGUUAUGUAACAUCCUACUUCAUGGAUACUGCUGAAAUUAGUUUGGCUUGUUGGGUAAAUAGGCUCUUUGUGUGCGAUAAACGGUUGUGACACAGUCAUAGCUCCUCUAUUGACAGGAGUUCUGGCUGCUAAAUCUGGUGUCAAUCACACAUCAUGGGAGCAGAAAACAGAUAUUAAGAUCUGUUAGUGUGGUGUGAUUUUGCCUCGGGCAACUCAACCCAUUGUAAGACCAAUGUUUUGGUGUCUUUUUAAAGGGUAUUUACUCAAUGAGCCUUUCACAAUGGCACUUUGAUUAAGGAGGAUUUUAUCUGCAUUCUCACACUGUGCAACGCCUACAUGUGUGCCCUGUGUUUGUUAGGGUUGUUUCUAUAUCAACAUCAAUGAGCAACGCCUUUGAUGAAUGCUAUCAACGGUAUCAGAUGGUCAAACUGAUUGAGAGGCAUAAUGAGGCACGAGAGACAAGCUAGGGUAUGUUGCAUGGCAUACAGCAGUCAAAUAAAAAUAAUAUAAUCUGGCAUAUGUGUUUUUUCAUUGGCUAAGUGUUAUGAAAUUAAAAAAAUAAAAUUGUCCUUUUGUCAUAACAGACACCUUUCUAACUCUGUUGUGACCUCUAACUCUGAUCUGCUGUGUGUGUGUGUGUGUAAGUAAAGCAGAGGGCAAGAGUGAGCAUGAGGAGAGAGUAUUGAUCUUGUCGGUUUGAAACGUGGGUGAGUUGUAGAAAAUGAUGGACAGACAGGGAAAAAAUAACUCACCGAAUGAUUUUCGUUUAUUUUCUGUUUUUCAAAGUGUUUGAAUGUCUCAAGUGUUAAAUGUGACAAACAUUGUAAAAUCAAUGAAUAAUAUUGAUGACUUAUUGUGAUUUCAGAGCUAAUGAAAACAGUCAUGAUCUUACGUGCCAAUACAGCCUGGGCGAUGUGGGAAAAAGUUCAUCACGAUAUAUUUUUUUCAUAUAAGUCGAUAUCGAUUUAGAUAUCAUGAUAUAAAAAAUGACAUUUAACAGUGCUUAUUGGUGGCAUGUCUUUUGCAAUUCAACAAGCUUGUGCAUCCAUGAGGUCAGUGUGUCCUUUUGACAUUUUUUCGUAAGGUGUUUUGCUAGACACAUGGUAGAACGCCUGUUGGAAAAACCCAUAUCCAUGUUAUGUUUGGUGUGAGCUGUACUGAUUGUUGCUUUGUAUCUUAAUCAGCAGAAGCACAGUCAAAUGAAUCACCACUAAACUGGACAUUUGUAUCUGUCUUUUAACGGACACGCACACCAUACUCCUUGCCGCUCUAACCUAGCUAAGUCCUGGAGAACGCCCUUCUCUCCUUUUAAUGCCGAAUAUCAAAAAAGCAUAUCGACCAUGUUUUAUAUUGAUAUGAGUGAAAUUAAUUUUCGAUAUAUAUAUAUCAUUAUUGUUUUAUCGCCCAGCACUAGCCUCAUUUAUGAUACAAACUAGCUACAAAACUAUCAGAGCACAAAUGGUGCAGUAUAGACUCAGAGGGUUCAGCUAAUCGUAGGCUUUGUAGGAGAUCAAUUUUUUCUUGGUCUGAAUUCACUAAAAACUUCUUUUCUUUGACACCGUCAACAUUGAUCCACAAAAAAACAAAAACAUUCUGAAAAUUCCCACAGUGAAACUUCCACCCACUAAGUGAGCAUAUCUAGGCAGGUCAUUGCACUUCAGGCAACCUCAAUCACUUUGAUGGAUGCGAUCAGAAAACACCUUUAACUCAUUUUAAAAAAAGCAGUCUCGUGCAUUUACAGGCUCUGUCAGGAGUCUCAUGAGAGACAGACAAGCACAAACCUGAACUGGAGGCGCUUUAGGGCCUCCAAAAUCCAAACUUUGGCACAUGCAAACUCACUCGGGGUCAAGUGCAGGCAGAUCUGCAUCAGUCAAUUUAAAGGACUAGAAGCUCCUCAAGUUACCCCUGAAGGGGGGGCACGAGAGCACACAUCACGUUUUUACUCGUGGAUAACUCGGGGCUGUAGGUCAAACUGACAAAAAUCUAAGUGUGUAUGAAUAAGGAAACCUCCCUAACAGCAUUUUGUUUUUAUCUUUUCAUGCCCUUAUUUGGCAGAAGUCACUCAGGUAUUGGCUCCCAGCAAUAAUGCUAGUUUCGACGGCUCAAGUAGGCCAAAUGUAACGUGACAGAACAUAUACUCUGCUUUGUUAAGAUGACUUUAAUGUGAUAAUCAAAGGUUUUUUUUAAACUUUCAUUUAGUGCUGAUAAGACUGCUAACUUUAUGUGCUAUUAAUGAGCGUGUUUGUUUGUGCAUGUAUGAGCAGGCAUACUUAAUUUAUGUAUAGAAAUGUCAGAAAACAGAGCAAUAUACCAUUAAAACAAUGUCAGCAGCAGUAUGAGAUUUCUUACUUUGCCUGAUCAGAGGUGAUCAGUUUGUUAUCUUUUAUAAUAAAAGUAUUGAGUCCUUUCAUUUUGCAACAUAAAACCUGCAUUUUGUUCUUGAAAAACACACUUGUGCAAGCUGCUUGUUAAAUGUAGUACGUGAAGCUUUCAGUAACUCCACAGAGAGGUCCCAGACUAAGCCACAGCAAGAGUAGCUUUCUGCAUCAAAGCUAAUUUCACAAGUUGCAUUUAGUUACCAUAAUUUCAUUUUAAUUUCGUUUCAUUUUUCAUUUCAAAGCCCAUUAAAAUGCAUUUUUAAAGAAGUGUAUUUAUUAUUAUUAAUAUUAGGUACUGUGAUGAAAGUUUUGGGUCUAUUUGUCAGAACUGUAGUUAAACCACCGAUGCUGCUGCUGCUGGCCACCACAGCUUAAACCAGAUCAAGUUUGCUGAGAUUGUCGGCCAACUUUCAUUGAUAGAUUUGUAUUUCCAGGUUGAUAUCUCAUUAGACUUCAUGACUGCACUCAGGGCCCACUGUCACUCCUGCUUUGAUUAUUUUUUCACUUGGCCAGAUGUUGACAUAACCAGGCUAUGUGGGCACUCAGUAGCCUUGUAGUUCUGCUUACAGUUUUUGAAAGAAGUCACACAGGAGGUACGUACAAGGAAUCUGAAGGUACCCCACAUCAACAUGUGGUUAUUCUGUCAAACUCAAGACGACGAGCUGAAACAGCAGCACUGACAGCAAAAUUUAAUGAAUAUAGGUUUAAAAUGUGACAAAAUCUAAAAAGCACUUUAGUCCCAAGACUAGGACUAAAUCUAAAAUAGCUGCCUAAAUAAACUCUGGCAUGUACUCGGCCAGUCUGUCUCCCUGUCUUCCCUGAACCUUAUGAACUUGUCAUACGAACAAAAUCUCUCCUUGUCCCUAUAAAACCAGGUAUGCCGGCGAUCUCAGUGAGCUGAGCUGCUGUGUGAAAGUAUGUUGUUUGUGAGCUCUUUAAACUUUAAACUUGUCGUGUCUAAAUUCCUCACCAGUGCACAAAGAAACUCGAAAGUCCUUAGCCUCUGUUUGCGGGGCGUGUCGGCGAUAAAUCUGUCAUGGACUCCAAUAUGGAAAUGGAACCAUAAUUCACUCCCUGACAGUUAUGCGUACAGUAGUAGAUGGGUUAGUUGGAUUUUCUACUACCUAAAAGGGUUCCUUUCCCCUGCCUUCCAUCUUUGCACCAUCCCCCAGGAUCACACGGCUGGUAGAUUGUAAUUUAUGAAGGUGCAGACAGAAGUGUUAGGUGACAUGAACUUAAACCCAGCGGGAGCAUGUAUCUGUCUGUUUUUUUUUAGGCUGUGGCAGGUUAUGUCACCUUGUUAACUCGAGAGUUAACAAGUUUGAGAGUUUGUAAUUUAUCCUGCAGUUUAACACAUUUUGUGACAAAUUGAAUUAAUCUAUCAAAGUGUUGUGUGGGGGGGGAAUCAAACGAUGAAAGAAAGCCUUCAUGCCUUCGUGUUUUUUUAAAGUGAACACAUGCAACUCAGAGGAACUGUGACUAAAACUGUGACUUAUUCAAGUAAGUCGAGUUGAUUCCCAGCAUGCGGUCCUUUUCUAGAUUUGACCUCCGAAUUACUUCCUGAUAAAAAAGACAAAAAACUAGUGAGUGAGACAAAACAAUGGGUUAUAUUAUACAGGAAACAGAUCAAAUGAGGAUAAAAACAAUAUAAUCAAACUAUUUGAUUCUUUCUUUUCUUCAAGUAGUUAAGAAGGGAGUGAAUUAGAAGAUGAAACUGCAGUAAAAAGGCUCUUUUUUUGGUCUUCUACUAUACUCAUUUCUACAUUUCCCCUUGUUAACCGCUCAUUUUUCGUAUCGAUAAAGGGCGAAUUUAAGCAUUUAUAAGAUUAGACAUGUAGGGCUGAGAUUUGUUGCCAGGUGAUAUUAAGAACCCGGUGUAUCAUUAACAUCCCAUGAGAGCAAUUACCUAAAAGCCGGUAAAUAUUUGAUGCGCCGAGUAAUUUUAUCUACCCUCUGCCAACGGGAAAACUGCCACUGUUUGAAGUUCACUUUCUAUUCUUCAAAAACAGCCUGGCCAAGUGGUAGUAAGCGCACGACUGUCAGAAGAAUAAACAGAAGAAUACAAAGGUGACUACAUGAUAAGAUCAGCUGUAACUCGGGAUGACCUUCAGUGACGUCAGGAUGGUAUCAAACCACCACUCUGUAAUGUUACACAGGAAAUAACCACUGUUAGUUUUCUAUUAUGCUUUACAAGUGUGGCAGGCAAGUUUUCGCAAGUAUGAAUGAGUCCUAGAAUGGAGAAAAUACCCAUAAUGCACUUGGGUUUGAUUGGUUUGGAUUGAGCCAUCACUUCCUUUGACCUCUCUGUGUGGUUCAGGCUCUUCCUCUUCUCUCAUUCACUCGCUCUCUCUCUCUCUCUUACUACCUCUCUCUCUCUCUCCCUCUAUGUGUUUUCCUUCCUUUACUCAUGUUUCUCCUGUCUCUGUUUCCUCCCCCAUUAAAAUGCAGGAACCCGUCCACUGCUUUCUACCAGGCUUUCCGGCCUAGCAGAUUACGAGGGGCAAAGCCUGCCAACGAUAGGUACGAGCUCCUCGGGUGUGUUGACAUGUGUGUGUUGCUUGGGGCUGGACUGGACUAGACGACUAAACCAGAGCCUGCACACCUUAAACCUUGGCACCUUGCAAGAAAGUACAGAUUUUGACAAGUCAACAACACCAUGUUUAUACAGUAUAAAUACUCAAAUUAAAAAAUGGAUUCAAAGGUUGCAAAUAGGUGCCCGCAGGAAUAAAAACUGAACAAACUGGAGAUAAUUGUGAUCAAAGAUACUCGCAGAUUUACUCUUAUCAGCUGCUUUUAUUGUUUUAGUCAUAAAGUGACAGAAAAAAUGAAUUACUUAUUCACUCUGUUGGCAGACUCCUCUCUGUUAAAGGAGAGACUGUCACUUUGAGACAGCAGAUAAAGUGACCGACUCAGCAGCUGUAUUUAUUUAUAUCUUUAUUCAAUUAGGAUCCUAUCAGUUCACUGCAGUCGAGUGCUGCGGCUCUUCUUCCCGGGGUCCACUCAAGGUGUGGUGCUGUAGGUGUGUAAUGCAUGCAGAAAGCAUGGCAUCAAGCAUCGGGGUGCAGUUUUUGACACUAUGUGGAGCAUGUUCAGUGACAACUUUGUGCCAGUCACAGGGAUCGGCUGCUCUAGUCGCUCUUACCCCAGCGAAGAGUGCGACACUGUGCCAAGGGGUCUAAACAGCUGAUCACGCUGAGAUAACAUGACUGAGGUUGUGUUGUGUUGCAUCGGUUUGUCCUUUUGCACGGUUGUGACAGCAACUAACCCCUCAUGCCUGUAGUUAUAUUUUUGAAAUCAACUUGAUCACUUGAACUUAAAGGUCAAAUUAAAGGUUGAUUAAAAAGAGAAGUGAGAGAAAUUAGUGAUAGAUGCAGUGAUAAAAAGAGACAUUAUUUAGGUUUUUCGCCUUAUUCAGUAUAUUAUAAAUCUGCUGCUUUUCUGUUUGUUUGAGCAAAGUCAAUAAUGAUGAAAGUGAUUGAUAACGCAGAAGUUAGUCUUCACAGCAAACAUUACAACACUAAGAAAACACUCCUUCAAAAUGAUCUUAAAAUCUCUAACUUUGGCACCAGGUUCUUAUCUAUGAUUAAACUCAAAUGUAUGUGAAUGCACAUAAAAUGAGGAGAAGAAUUUUAUUAAUCUUUCUUUAUAUCAAAGUCUGUUAAUUUUGCAUCGUCUCUGGGUUUCUGACUUUCGAAUUACUUGAAUCAAACUCCGGGACAUUUUCAUUUACAUAUUAACAGAUUUUAUUUCUGUGGUUGGCUUACAAUAGACUAGACGCAUAGUUGUGGAAGUACUUUUCUAAAUGUUUCUUCAUUUCUCAGAGGUUGGGCUUCUUUCUGACUUUGAUUUUAAUUACUAUAAGACAGGUGAGUACCUGUUGACUAAUGUCAGCUCUUUAGAAAAGUGGAUGCAGUCGUUUUUGCCCUUUUCAGUAAAUGACUUUGUGGUUUCUAAGUGGUUCGCAUCACUCAUAACCACUUUCUGUUCCCAUGAGCUCUCUCAUGGAGGCUGCUUUGGGGCUCUGGCUUUCAGCCACCAAUGUGUCAUGGCUGCCAAAAAAUGGGGACAAAUAAACUCUGGAUCUGAGGUGGCACUAUACUGAAACAUGUGGUUGGCUUGUCAUGUCAUGAAUGAUCUGAUCGCUCAGUUUGGGUUCAUUUUUAAGGGCCAUCAUGGAAAUAACAACCAAAUCUGAGCAUGAUAGAGUAGUGGGUGUAGGAUGUUUAUUCCGGAAAGAUAAUUCACGUUAUGAUUUACAGGUGGACAACAAAAAUUAGAUUGUUCGGACCGAAAAGAUCCAUCACCUUGAAGAGCUCUCUGAUUCAGUUGUGUGCUCUGAAUCAUAGAGCUGUAUAUUAUUUCCAGUUGUGGUAUAGUUCGGAUUAAAGUGAUUUGUCGUUAUUGGAAAUUCAUUAAUUAAACAGAUUGAUAAAUGGCAUCAUUCCUAGUUUAUGUACCAUCCCAUGAUCGUUUAUGGCUUUUGGCACUUAAACUGGAAAGAUUAGUUCAAUAAAAUAGAUGUAGCUACCAGACCGUGUGUAUGUGUGCGGUGCGUGUGUGUUCUGUAUGCGUAAUUGCACUGUGACGGGCAUAGGAUGUACCAACAUCCACAUGACCACAUUGUUUUUCAAGCUGAUCCGGAUGAGAAGUGGACGUUUGUGUAAAACAACAGUAGCAGUUGAGCAAGUGUGGGGUGUCACAAGAUGGAGCCCUUUUGUUUGUUCCUGUUCCAGCUCUUAUUUGCCUGAAGGCUCUGUGACUAACAGUGCUGCUUUCUUCUAAACGUCUGCAGCUAACCGCAGGUAAACCUGAGGGAGCCGCCUCGCUCCUUUUGUCCUGUGCCUGAUCUCCUGCAAGGUUGGACUUGUUGAAAGUGAAGGGGGGAUAGAAGAGCAUUCCUGGUUCUUGAAAAUGUUUGCUUUGUAAAAAAGGGAAAAACCUCAGCUGGGCAGUGUGCCCUAACAUCACUGUAGCUUUUAGUUAAACACCACUGAUGGCUGCUUUAACCAUUUGUGGUGUUUUGCACAAGUUUCUGCCACAUUGUGGGCAUCGAGACAUUCUUGCAUGUUUGUCCUGACCCUGACAAUGCCACAUCUGCUGCAGCACUGCAGGCUCUAACUGGGUCACGAUGAUUGUGAAAUAAUGGGAAGAAUCAUUUUUGUAAAACCACAAAUCAUAUAUCAUCCUUUUGUAAACCUGCGAGAACACUGCCAGAGCGUGAGAUAUUCCACUCUGUGUGUGGAGAAGAACGUUAUGAUGUUAAUAACAUUUUGACAACAUCUCAUGACAAAUUCAGAGUAGAAAGUUGAGGUAAAAGUAGAAAAAGCUCGUGCAAAUGUUGGUCUUUUUGGAAAAGACGUGUCAAAAGAUAGUCAGUUGUUUACUUUACUGACAAACAGUGUGGGAAUUUUGGCCAUUACAGUUUCAUACUGUAACUUUCUUCACUUUUUUUCACAAUAAUUAAUUUUUUUGAACAAUUUUUUUGUGUCUCAUUAAAAAUAUGCCUGAAUGCUUGCAAGAGUCAAACAUUGUCAUGGUUUCUCGAUUUAUCGUUCUUGCAAAAAAAAAAAAAAAAGUUUUCUAUAAAUGAUGAGACAAAAUGCAAUAUUUCAAGAGCAGGUGUAGAAAAUUUGAGGGUCAAUUUUCACUUCUUUCUCAGUGAGAUUGUAGAAAAUUGCAGCUCUAAAUGACAGAAUUAAUACACAUUUUUUACCACAUAAAUCCGUAUCACACACCCCCUCGCAGUUCUUCAUGCCUAAACGAAUCCUGAUAUGUAUAUAAAAGCUCACUGACCUAUUUUUCUCAUACAGCUCAACCAAAAGCUCUUUUACAAAACUGUUUAACUUAUUCAUAUUUCAGCCGCACUAACACACUCUGCAUUUGUAAACAUUCCUGUUAAGUGAUCUGUUGGUCGGCUGAAUGGAAUCAUUGUGCAGCUGUGAUUGUACCAAACCAGGCAGCAGCAGCUCUUUUACCACCCUCAGUCCACAGUGAUCAACUUUAUGAUUAUGGACGACAAAGAAAAGACAGAUUUAUAUUCUGCUUGACUGCACCUGAUCAGUGGCCCCAGGCUAAGCCGGGGGGAGUUAUUUGAUACAGACCAGGUAUGUGAGUGCUGUUUAUGACACAGAAACAAACAUUUCAUUAUUGGGUUGAGAGAAACAGGAAGGUUGGACGUGGGAAAGCUGAAAUUUCACUAGCUAACUCCUUCUCUUUGACUCUGUUGGUGAAUUUCCAGUGGCAAGCCUUUCUUAUUAAUUUAUUUUUAGACAAAAUUGGUUGUUUAUUGAGCAUCUUUAAAUGGAUUUUCUCCAAAUAGACCAUUUUUCUUGGCAGAGACUCAAAUUGAAUCAGCUUCCCGUCAUACAAAUGGAAAACAAACAGACAAAAAUUCACUUUGUAAUUGCUAUCAUGCCGUGGGGCAUAUCCUCAGAAGACCUUGCCAAUUUAAUUUUGAGGUCUUCUUCAGAGCGCACAACAGUAAGAACAUAAUUUUGGACAAUUACUCAGCAAUUUAACAGCUAAACUGUAACUGCUGAGCUUCAGUAGACAUGACAUGACUUGAUGUUAGCCAGGGCUCUGAUCACAUACUUAACAAGCCUAUUUAGACCGAAGGAACAGUUGAUGGAUGGGGAUCCUAACCAUGAAAGAUUUUUACCGCUUAUGUAAGAGACCUCAAGUCUCAAAGACGGCAUUGUUUUGGAGAGACUUUCUCCUUCGUUCAAAGUUAUCUUCAGAAAGACGGUUGAUAUUUGACCUUUAUUAAUACACUAAAUGUUUACUGAACACACAUUGCCGUCCCUCCUUCAGCACCCUCUUACUCCAGACUCUGACAGAGGCAUUCACACCAAGGAAAUAUGUAAGGUAACCAAAGGCAACCAUUAUUUUCUAUUUGAAGAAGUCUGUUUUGACCAGAAGCCUUCAAACUGCAUCUUCAUCUGCGUGAUGCCGAGUCAUAUGUGAAGCUAAAGUCUUGCAGAUGUCUCAUCGAGACCAGUGUAAGACUUUGGCUAAGACCAUUGUAACAGGCCCUCUGUUUUUGCCGCAUAGCGCCUAAUGACAUUAGCCUGACCCAAACCCUGCACUUCAGAGACUAAGCCCAAAAUGAGGCUAAGUCCUUGAUCCGGUGAUAAAUGCUGUGCUGAAUACAGUGGCUCGUUAGCGCGGAGGUGCCAGGAUUUUCCCAUUAAAGCCUCUGGAGUAACUCUAUUACUCUUAACACAUUCCAGUGGGCUCUUAGUCAACAUGAGCCAAACUAGAGGCUCAGGCACCGAAUAAGUCAUAGUGAAAUAUGAUCCAGAGGCCCAUGGUGUAAACUGAAGAUCUGGCUUUAGUGGGACCCAGUUUAGGAGUGAUUAUUUUAGGGCAGAGGGACCCCUGACCUGGAACCCCCACUGUGUUUGCAUAUGGAGUUUGAUGGUCACAUUACAUUGCAGCUCUUAAUCAUUACUUCAAACGCUGUAGGAGAGACUCAGCAACCUUUAACAAACUUCCUCGCUGCAAGUUAUUUCAGCCGUCUCACUGGCUGAGCUAACAAGGCCAGUCAAAAUUUAGGAAGAUGUUCCGCUGUCUUGAGAAAUCAGAUCUUAUCAUCGCCUCUAUUGGACCCCUGAGGUUCUUGAUUCAUUCUCAUGCUCCCUGCCGUCCGGUCCAUCCAGUGCGGUGUCUGACAGAGGUCCUUUUGGGGGUUCAGCUGGUGGGCUUCGAGCACGUCAUGAAGGGACAACAUACAUAACAAGAUGUUUGUGCACAAGUCUGGAGAUUAUGCAACAGGCGAGGGUGCGAGUGGGACAGUUCCGACAGUCUGUUUUCGAGGAAGCUCGGUGGCAGCAGGCACACCUACUCAUGACUCUGAUUUAGUGCUGGAAAAAUAAAACUCCAAUCACCAGACAAGGGUUUCCUGAGGUCUGUCUUAUUUUGUUUAGUCUCCAUUGUGUCAUAAUGGACCACCCCGUCUGAAGACCAAACCCCUCAACAAUGCAGUGACCGAAAAGUGCUCCACAUUCAGGAGCGCAAAUUAACAUACUUCAGCAUCCUGCAAUUGUCACCCACUACUGUUUGAAGAUUUACACUGUAAUAGUGACAGAAGGGGUUCGGCCGGAUUCUUUCUUUUGGCUAUUUUUGUGAAAUACGUCAAAGUUAGGAAUUUCUGAGGCGCUCCUUUAGAUCUCGUCAAUUUUGACCCUUCUGGGUAAACUCAGGUUUCAGGUUUUUGGUUUGAGCUAUGACAAGCAUGCUGAAGUUAUGUAAGCCUAGUUUUACACACUUCAUGAUAAAACUGACAGUGGACAUGAGAUUGACAACAAGUUUGUUCAGAUUUGUUGUAGGAAAAAAGGACUAUUUCUCAAAGACCCCUUGUUCAUGGUUGGCCCCCUCAACUUCCCCUGUUGUGUAACAUCUGUUGUGCCUUCCUCAGUAACAGGGGUGCAGUGUUAGUGAAAACGACGAGGAAAGUUGCUGCCAAGAUGGAUCAAAAAGACAACAAUCAAAGAAGUGUGGGGGUAAAUAAUGGGUGAGGGGGUUAUUAUCAGAAGUGGACCUCUCAUAGCACAGCUGUUCACACCUGGUCAGGUGUCAACAUACCUCUCAAAAUGCGCCAGCAGGGAUCACUGGUGAUGGGAUGUCAUUUAAAUGCUCCAUAUGCAAAUAAUCAUGAAACCUGUUCAUGCUUAGUAGCCUCUGGCUUACACGUGAAGCAGACCGAGUCGGAGUCGUAGAUGAGAUUGUGCUGUUUACGCAGUCAGGAGCAGAUCACAAAAAAAAACGGGUCAUCUUUAACAGCUUGUUACCUCUCUGAUUGCUCUCACUUUGAUCCAUGUAUAGAGGAACUUCUACAUUGUUCUCUUCACUUUCACAUCGUUGAAAGAAAGGAUUAAGAGAUGUUACGUCAGCAGGGAAAGUUUAGUUACAUGAGCGGGAAAAGUUUAGUUACAUGAGCGAGGAAAGUUUAGUUACAUGAGUGGGAAAAGUGUAGUUACAUGAGCGAGGAAGGUGUAUUUACAUGAGCAGGGAAACCGAGUUACAUGAGCGGGGAAAGUUUAUAAGCUAAAUAUGUCAAAUUAUAAGAGGGUUCUCUUCAAACAGGCACAACUUGCCUGGUCUGCCUUACUUUACCUCGUUACCACGGAAGUCAGAUGUCGGAGCUGAAAAUGAUGUGACACCAGAGUUACCAGCGUUUCAGUUACCAAGUUGGAAAAAGCAAAAUCGGAGGGGGAAACAAUAUGGCUACAUCUACGAAAGUUAUUUUAGCUCUUGACUUGAAUAUAGCAUAUAUAGCAAGGACAAGCCAUUGUGAAAUAACUUUCGUAAAUGUAGCCAUCUUGUUUCCGCCUCUGAGUUUGCUUUUUUCCGACUUGGUAACUGAAAUGCCGGUAACUCGGAUGUGACGUCAUUUUCAGCUCCAACAUCUGACUUUGGAGGUAACUCGAACGCAGCAUUUGUAUCCAACAUGCUUAGCUGUUGACUUCUUUGAGUGUUGUCUUUUUAGUAAAAUACCAUGGCACAGUAAACUGUCUCUAGCUGCACUUGAUCCUGGUGAGAUGACCACUUUAGUCAGUAUAUGAGCUGCAGUCCAGUUUUUUGUUAAAAACAUAAAGGCCUGUCUUAAUCACGUAUGAAUGGUUUUGUACUAUUGUUGGUAAAAUCAGCAUGUAGGACUGUUUUAAAAGGAUUUGUUCUCUGUCAGUGAGGCAGAUGAUCAUCAGUGUUCAAGGCCUGGCCUGCAGCAUCCCACACUUGUUUUGACAUUUGGCAAACCGAGAAUCCACUUUCAGUUCCUUUUAACCUUUUCUCAGAGCAUUUUUCAUACACUAUAGAACGAGUUAUUUGUGUCAGCGUUAAAGCUUUGCAUGCUAAAUCACGGCUUUCAAGUAGAUACAAGGGUAAAUGUAUGAAGCAUGGUUCACAACAAUUGGAAUUUAAGGAACGAAUGAGGAGACUGCUGAGAAGUAUCAAGUUUAUGCUUUAAAGAAAUAAAAAAGUCUUUCUUUAAUUUGAUUUUCGAGUACAGUUCAAUAGGGAAUAAACCUUAGUACCCUUUCUCUAUGAAGAAUUGGAGCCAAGUUUGACAAAAAUGUGUUUGAGGAGAGUAGAAAUCCUAACACUGUUAUUGAUACAGGAAUAAAAAAUAAUUAAAUACAUUAACCUAUAUCCACUAGGAGUUUGAUUCACAGUAAGUCUAAUCUUCUUCCUCACAUGAAUAUAAUCUAAUGCCUGGCCCAAUAACUGACGCUUGAAGUUACUGUAAAUAUGUGGACACCCCCACAGGACCUCCAAAUGCAAAACAAGAAGAUCUUCGUCCUCUUGUACAAAAGAGAGAAAGAGACUUUAUCUGUGACCAUGACAAGAUCGUCUCAUUCACAGAAAUAAUUGGAGACAAGAUUUUGAAACAACACUCCCGUUUUUCAGCCAGCUCGUAACAUAUCGCAGUAAAUUUUAAGCCUCUAAGCAGAUUCCUGCCAUGACAAUAGAUCCAUUGUCAUCACUCAAGAGAGAUGUGACUAAGCUUCCUUUGCCUGAAGCCUCCCUUUUGCAUUUUCAUCAUCUAUAUGAGUCGAUAUGUCAAAGCUAAUUGGAGCCUCUGCUGACCUCAUCUGGUGAAGCAGCUGAACUGCGUCUUUCUCCCCCGGACGCCCUGAACUCUGGGCUGAAACCAGCCUGGAAGAGAAAAGACUGUUGCUUUUUGGGGAGUGCUCCUCUCUUUUGUCAAAGCCCCCAUCCUCCAUCUUUUGUUUUGAAAUACACUUGCCAAAGAGGGAGGGGAAGGGUGGAGGGGGUUAUCUCCAAGAGGCUGAGGUCUGAUUUAUGCAGCUGUGUCCCCCCACAGUGGGUGUUUGUGUGCUUUGUGACAAGGGACGUGUGCCGGCUCAUCCCUGCCUUAAUGCAGAACAUGUUCGAUUUCUGCCUGUUUUAGACGUCACAUGAUACACCAAGAGAAGUAGAGGAGACUUCCCUUUGCUCCCACACAUAUCCUGCUCUCAUAUAUACAGUUCAGACUCUUACUGUGUGUGAGCAGGUAGACACACGCACAGACACGAUGGUGAAGAAGCUAGCUGCUAUCAGACAGAUAACUUGUGUUUGCAGGGCUGUUUGGAUAAAUUGUCCUCAGUGUGUUGUCACAGCAUGAAGGUGGCUCUGACACAGAUGUCUGGAUUGAGAGGCUGUGGCCCCCAGGCCGGAGGUGUCCACUGUUGGAAUGUGCCUCCUUGUGGUCCUGCAGACUUUGUUUGGGGGAGAUGAGUCCAUGUGUUCUGCCUCAGACUGCAGAAGAGGGCUUGUGUCGAGGUUGACACCACAAGUGGUCCUUAUAUAAACCACCACAUGUCUGCCUCUUUUAAUCAAAUGUACAGUCUGAUUUGUUUUCUUUGGACACUGAGCAGCAACAAAUGAGUUUAAGCUUUUUCUUCGACUUUUCUCCAAGUUUCCUCAGGCAAAGAGCCCUUGACUCUGAUCCAACCUGCAUGUCCCUUGUUUUUUGUUGUUGAUAAAAACACAUUCCAGCCGAAGCCCGUUGACAUUCUUCGCUCUCUACGUCCCAGAUGUGUUAAAGCUUGCUCAAAAAGGAAGAUAGCUGGCGACCUCACGUUUUUAAUCAGUCCUAAAAUCACACGUGUGAGUCACCCGAUGUGGAAUUCAAGAAAUUCACCCCAGAGACAUCAGACAGUUUGGAGGCUGUCACGCUAUUCAUCAAAUCCUAAAGUAACCAUUAAAUGUAGCCCAGCUAUUUGAGAAGAAGUAUAUACCUCGUUUUUUUAAAUCAUUGCACCGCCCUGGAAAAAAAUGAAAAGACAGGGACUGAAGGGUUUAUGAAUUUUGCUUUUUGGAUUUAUUGACUUACAGGUCAGAUAAAGAGAGACUAAAGCACUGAUGUAACUUAUAAAAGGAAGAUAUCAUAACUAUGAAUGUGGAUGUCUAAUCAGUGCUAGAUUGAAGCACAUGCAAAAUUGACUGGAAAUAGUUUUCUCUCACACUUAUGGUUCAUUAGUUGCGAAACAUGCCAAGACACCUAAAGUGGAAUAGCCUACAGUUCUAGAGGGAUAACGGCUAAUUUAAGGGAUUUGGCUGCACGCCACAAACAGAACAUGUUUUGCUGCAGAAGUUUAUCAACUGAAGAUGUCUCCUGCACUUUAAAGUAGGGACGCACCAAUCCGAUAUUUGAUGUUGGUAUAGGUCCUGAUACUGAAGAAAAAUCUAGAUCGGGUAUCGUGACAAUGGGCCCAAUGCUUAGGGGCUGAUCUAUUCAGUCAUCCCUACUUUAAAAAAAUGGAAAAUAAGGUUGAAAACAUGCGAAAAAUCCCUGAUGUGUUGUGGUGUAUUAGUGAUAGAAAUACUUUGGAUACUAAACAAUUACAUGGAACUUACACUAGACAUGAAAUUGAGAUGAGAGGUGGUUCAUCUGGUGCAUAAAAACUAAUAGAACUUACAAGAUGAACUCAAACUCAGACAGUUGUAAAAGUUUCUGAGACAAAACAGAAACAAGGUCAGCCAGGCGUCUUUGUCAAUACAUGCAAAACCCUGUUUCUUUUUUAUGAAGCCUUAAGUGCAUAAUUUAUGACCGUAAAUAACUUACAGGGAGUAAAUGAACUUAGAAAAAAAGGAGGUAGGAGGGGGAGGGAGGCUGAACUCCUCCCCUUUGUUUCCUCACCAUGUGACCCAAGCUGCGAGUUUUAAGUCUCACCCUGCUCCUUCUCAAACAAGAGCAGUCCGUGUUUGAACUCUCAGAGGAGUUGUACGGCUGGAGAAAAACUUUUGAGAAACUUUAAGAGAAAAACAAAAACAAGUCAACAUGCGGUGCAAAAUGAGCUACAGCCUGCCCUGCUCACCAGGGAGCUCUCCAACCUAUUCAGGACGAUUGAUGACUUACAGAGCCAGAUGUGCCAGGUAAUUUCAUUCAUGUGCUUAUAAUUCUGGAGAGUACUACUCUUUAGUUUUAUGAUCCAUACUUUCCCACUUUAAAUCCACGGAUUUUUACACCUCUAGUUCUGGUUCUAAGUUUGUGAUGUGUUAUGCGUUAGUGCCAGUUUGCUUUCCCUGUCUGCGGCCCGCAUGUUACUGUGUUUUUCCAACAGCUGCCUGGUAUUCAGGUCAGCCUUCGUCUUCUCUCUCCUUCUGUGGUUGGUUGAUUUAAUGGUUGUGGCACUCCAGUAUGUUUUUUUUCCCUUGUAAGCGUGGCAUCUGUUUGUAGUUUAUUUAGUGGUACGUCCUCUCCGGGGGGGCUGGUCUCUGCGCGCUGGACGUGCGCUCCAGCAUGGAGCUGCGUCCUGGAGCUGAUGGCGCUGCUGGCGUCAGUGUUAUUGUUUAUGUUUACAUUAUUUUACACGCGGGAUUGUAUAGUUUGAGUGAGGGAUUAAGAUUUCUCGAGUGUUUUCAUGUUGGUUUUACUAUAAACAUCAACUUUACGCACAGCCAUCAUAUUAUACCCUUAUAAAUUGAGUGUAACUUGCGUAUUUUAGAUGUCAUACACUGUCCCAAACCUCCAUAAAGCAAAUUUAUGACUAUACCUGUGUCAAAUACCUCACUUUUUUAUCAGUAGUAGACCCUCUUUGCACAUGUUGUUCCCCAAUCCCAGAGCUCCGUCUAGCGGCGUGAGAAACGUGCGGUGCCUCCUCUCAGUAUUUUCCUCUUUGCAUCCACAUCCACCCGUGAUUGUGCAAGACCCUCGCUGAGACGGAUGAGGAUUUUGUGAUUUUUUUUGUCCUUCCGUAGAGUAUUUGGCAUCGUUUGGUUGCACGCGGAUCUCUAGCUUGGCUUAGUAAGUUAAUCGUCUUUGUAUAUGUGUGUAUGUGUGUGAGGUUGUUGGAAACGUUAGCGCCUUUCUUUCCUUUCUCAGAGGAGCGGGGGCAGGGCGGUGGAGAUGGUGGUGGUGGUAACAAAAUGUUGCACCAUCGUCGUGUUAAAGUGGGUGAAGCCUGCGAAGAUGCUUCUCAUUUUAGGAGGGGAUGAUAAAAACGAGUUUUCACAGAGAUUAGAGGACAAUGAGAUUUGGAGAUAUGGUAAAUAGAUCAGGCUAGUGGCGACAUGAGCCGCACCCGCAGCAGGACUCCUGCAGGAGAGGAGCCACAAAGGCUGCCAACUGAGCUUCAACCACAGAGGAGUGGUUAAAGCCGAAAACAUCAUGUUUUCAGUGUUUUUAUCAACGGAAAUACUCUAAUGAAUCAGGCUGGGGUUUAAAGUAUUUCAUUGUUUGAUUUCCUUUGUCUUGUGAGAUCCUUUCAGACAGGUGUGGCAUGACCUCAUUCACAUGUUUAUAUGUGUGUUAUCAUCAUUAUCAUCAUCUGACUCCUCAAUUAAACAGUCUGACUUAAUUUAUGACUUUAGUAACUGGUUUGAAUGACACCUGGUUUUUAUAAGCCAGAAGCGUUAAGGCAGGUGCCUCAGUAGCUGCUGUCUUGAGUGGAAAAUUACACCAGGUGGUGUUUUUUUUUUUUUUUUAUAAAGCUGCCACACCUUACAGCGAUUCUUUAAAAAAAAAACUAUCAUUUAAGAUCCGAUCUUGUAUUAAUGAACAUAAAUGGAGGCCCUGUUUUUUAAGUCUCCUUAACAUCCUUUUUGAUCACAAUAUCAUCAAGCUGAGGUGCUUUUUGGGGUUUGAAUUUUGUGGGUUUUUUUUUAAGUGUGAUAAAAGUAGGAUUUUGUCUUUUUUCAGGGGAGUCUUGUGCAUUUCAUUUACCAGUGAAAUCCAGUGAGGUCAUGGUUAUCGCUCAAAGACCGGAAGUGCCAUUUGAUAAACGUGAAAGAGCUGAUAUGAAUCAGAAGCAUGCAGUGAAAAAGAGGAUGUGUAUCUUGUAUUCACUCGUGCUCUAUUUCUCUUCACAGUGCAUCCGGUGCCAGUGUUGUCGCCAUUGAUAACAAGAUCGAGCAGGCAAUGGUGAGUUUAUUAUUUUUACAUAUAAAUAGAUAUCAUGUGGUAAUCGUUACCAUUAAUGAAGGAGUUUUGAAUCUACCUUUGCUAAGCAGCACAACAGACUCUGAAGUGCAGUUCAUGAACUUUACAAAAGCUGCAUUUCUUGUUCCUAACAACCAAAUUUAGGUCGACUUUUUAAAAAAAAUCACACUAGAAAAACUAGUCUGUGCAGUUUCACUGACAGGUGACCUCGAAACCCUCUCUAAACUAGCUGUCAAAAGUAAAGGUUAGACUUUUAAAUUUAUGGAUCUGAGCUAAUAUUGAGUUUCCCUUGUCUUCCAGGACUUGGUGAAGAGUCAUCUGAUGUACGCUGUCCGUGAGGAGGUGGAGGUGUUGAAGGAGCACAUCAAAGAGCUGUACGAGAGGAACUCUGUGCUGGAGCGCGAGAACGCCGUGCUGAAGUCACUCGCCAACACAGAUCAGCUCGGCCAGCUGUCCACUCAGCUCGUCCAGAGCAGCAGCAGCAGCAGCACGUCGCCACCGCUUCAACAGCAACACCAACAGCAGCAGCACCCGCUCGUCACAAACAACAACAACAACAGCAUCGCUCCUUCGGUUCACCACGAGGGGAGUCAGAGCGUCCCCCCUCAGCCCAACAUCACCUCGGCGUGAUUCUCCCCCUGCUCGUACUCCAGAACACACGCUCAAACACACCUCACCCAAGCAAGCAGGAGUGGAAGAUCCUGUUAGCAAAGAACAAUAACCGCUACUGUCCCCUCAGCUCCAUAACGCGAAAAGUCUCUGCUCUGCGUCCUGUAUGCUCCAUUUAAGGAAAAAUCAACAUCCUAGUUUGCUGCCGAGAGCCAUGCUUCAGUGUGUGCGUUCUGCCGUCACCAGGUCGACACAUCAUUAAGACAGUAACCACCCCCGAAGUCUUAGUCUGUCCCUGUGGUUGGCUGCAAAGAGAAGGGGCAGAAGAGUUGGUGCACACCAUAAAAAACUGCAUGCUGUUCUUGUGGGGCAAGACUGGAGGGUCAAAGGGCACAGGGAGCUCAAUUUGUCGGGGCAAGUGGUAGAAGAGGGAGGUGCAACCCCCUGAGGUGUCAAGGGUCCCGUAAAAGUCCAGCAGGGACUGUCCUACCAGUGUACCCCACCCCCCCCACGGAACUCUUUGGUACUGAGGGAGGGGGAGCAAGGGAGAAGCCGGGGAGAGGAUCUGUCCUCCCCGAAAGGAGGAGGACGCCAGUGGGUGCCUCGGAGCGAGUCGAGAGCCUCGGCUUGUUAUAUGCUGCAACAAAAGCUUGUGUUGUUGUUUUUUUUUUUUUUUUUUUUUCUCAGAGCCACCAUACUUUGACAUGAAUCAUUAUACUUUUUCAAUAGUUCAGUUUUAGUAUUUGCAUUUAUUUAUUUCAGGGCUGCUAUUUUCACAAUGUAAUUGAACAAUGUUAUGGAGAUGCUUAUUAAAAACACAAAAAACAAACCUUUCUCUUUGGUCUUUUGGUAUUUUAGAAGCUGUCAGGUAUUCAAAUUUGGUAGUCUCUUGCAACAAGUAGAUCUCAAUAAGUAGGCAAUAAGUUCCACAAUAGAAACUUUUCUUCUCAUGAAAUAGUGCUAACACUAAAGCAGAGCUUACAUUAGGUGAAAUCCAGGUUUGAAUGUAUAUUUUGUAAAGUGUAAAGUAUUAAGAGCAAAGAGGGUUUGUACAGGAGAACACCUGUUGUGUAGAUGUGAGGGGAUUUUUGGAUCAAGAAAACCAUCAGUUUUCCUUUUUUUUAAAGCCUUUCUUUGUCAAAGCAGAAAUUAAUUUGGGGGUUUGGUUUCCAGGGGGAUGAAAAGCUGUGAAAUUGUUCGACCUACUUUAUAACCAAAGACGCAAAGCUGUGUAAGUCUUUUGUCCUUUUUUUUUUAAAUGCAGACUCAUUUCUAUUUUUUUUUUACCUUUUUUUCUCCCUAAAUAUUUUUGUCCCUGUUCUGCAUGUUCUGCAUGAUCUAUAAUCAAACCACUUUCUUACCUCAUGUUUUCCAGCACUCUUCAAAUUUCUUGUCAAAUCUGUGAAAGCUUGUGAAAAGUUUAUGAAAGAAAGGGAACAAUGGGGCGGAGGGGAGAGGGGAGGAAGAGGAUGUAGGAAAUGAAGAGAUGAUUGUGUCAGAUGUAGAGAGGGAAGGGUAGAAAGGAGCCAUCUUUUUUGUUGUCAUGUAAAUGCUGUGUGGAAAGUUCGUAUGCAGAGAAAAGGAUGUUACAUUACAGACAAAUGUACUGAAUGAAUGCAGCGAUUCGAUUUGAUUGUAGUGUACCAACACGUAGCUCACAAGCAAACAAACAAAAACAACUAGUCAACAACUCCACAAGAAAACAAAAUGACAAACUAUGAAGCAAUUCGCACGUUAGAGCUGGACGUCCGUAAAUUUUGUGUGAGCGCUUCACCGGAUGUCCUGUCUGUGUCACGUCUCUUUGUGCCUCAUGUGCCGCGAUCGUCUGCUGUCCUCAGGCGAUUCGGUUUCUUGCUCUGUGGCUUAAAACCAAACCAAAAUGCUUGGUAAUUGUACAAUCAGUCAUCUUUCCACAGGAUGGGCUCUUAUAUUUCCAUUUUUGUUUUGUUUUGUUUUGUUUUGUUUUGAAAAUGGGCUUAUUUUCUUCCCUUGUCCUGCUUUUCUUGUGUUUGAAGGAGAUGCCGUGUACAUGCCAAAUGUACUGUAUGAAAGUGAUCACUGAGCCUUGGAGAGAGUAUCUUAACAAUGCCCUUGUAAUGUGCUGUUCAGACAAUUUUAGUUUUCAGUCAAAAAUAAAUUACGGUUUUAUUAAAAGAAUACCCUCUUGUUGUUUUUAUGCUUGUUUUCAUCUUCUCUCUGAUCUUUGCAACCACUCAUUAUUAAAGUGAGAUCUCAAACAUGGGCCUCCAUCAUUUCCACAGUAAGUCUUUCUUAUUUUUUUAUCACUUUUGACCAGUUCACACAAAUGGUGUUGGUGAGCAUAAAAUAGCAAACACAGAUGAGGUCACAAAAGGCACUAAAACACCCUCCUGUUGGAGGCUCUCGUUGGUGUUAAUACUGGUGACCUCUGUGAACGACAUGGUGCCUUCAGUCUCAGAGCUUUUCCUGAAAAUGAAAAUCUCACUCUGCUUUCUUCUAACAGUCAAACAUGUAAACUCAAACUAUAAACCUUUACCAUUGAGAAUUUAAUUGGACUGUUGCUGCGAAGUGCUGACACCAACACUGGCAGUAAUGUCAGUCACCAAAUACAACAAGAAAAAAUACCACAGAUGGUGUCUGUUUUACGCCAAUAAGAGGUAUUUUGUAUUAGUCUCAGUCUGUUUUGAUUACCUUUAACAUGAGCUUUAAACACCAACCUCCUCAAUGGUUUGUUAAGUUCCAGGUUCCCACCAAGUCUAAAGAUGGUGACCGUAAACCAGAGUGCAUCAUAUCAGGACCCUGAUUCUGCAACAGCUACAAAAUGGACUUUGGUCCUAGUUUCCAUUAUUAUUUACAGUACUAUAUAGCAGUGGUUCUCAAGUCCAGUCCUCGAGGCCCCACUGUCCUGCAUGUUUGGGAUGUUUCCCUGCUCCAACACACCUGAUUCAAAUGAUGAGCUCGUUAUCAAGCUCUGUAAUGGCUUACUAACGAGCUCAUCAUUUGAAUCAGGUGUGUUGGAGCAGGGAACCAUCCAAAACAUGCAGGACAGUGGGCCUCGAGGACUGGACUUGAGAACCACUGCUAUAAAGUGUCAAAAUUUUGUCUGCCAGACAGCUACUAAUAGACAUGUACUAAGAUACAUGCAACUGGGUCAAGAUCACAAUUUAUUCAAAGUAUUUUCAACAAUUUCCGGGCAAACAGCUGACAAAAAUAAAAAACACUGACAUAUAAUAUAAACAGCAAAAUGCUGAAAUGUCAUUUCGUCAGUCCAAAAUAAGGAGGAUUGAGUGACUGUGGAUCUAUUUAUGACAUAUUUACAACAGAGGCUUACUGUCAGGCAUUUGUUACAGAUUUCCAAUGCAGUAUCAUUUCACAGAAAUACUGGAGAGUUUCAUCUGAGUCAGAUCCUGUAAUCAUAUGAUAAAAUCCACAAGAAAAGACAAAAAGAUGAAUCAAAAUGAGCAAAAUAUCAAAAUACAUGAAAUGAUGAAGCGAGGGGAAUAAGUGAUCUUAGUCUGGAUUUAGACCAUAAUAGUGUUUUCCAUGAGAGUUGAUCAUUUAUGUAAACUCAGAGUGGUAAACUUAGAAAACACGUUAUUUGGUGAAAAUAAGAUUAAAUCAGCAAUUCAUGCAAUAUUAUUUUAUGUUGGUUUUAAGUAAAACUAAUUCUAUGACAAAGCUUAACUAUAUCCUGUAUUUUAUCUUUGCAACAACAAUUGAACAAAACCACAAUCUGAGGGUUUGAAUAUUUCCUCGUUAUCUAGAAAACAAUUCAACAGAAAAACGGUUGGAAUUUAUUUUCCAAGGAGGAAGUGGACGUGCUCUGUGUUCACUGAAAAAUAAACAAAACAAAUGGUUUUCUUUUCCCAGGAAAGAAGUGUUGAGACGUGCCCAGAAGCAUGUGAGAAAUCCCGAAUGACGUCAGACUCCUUCACUCACCACCGACCUGUCCUUUCAGCCAUAAAUUAACACUUCAUACUCGUUCAGAAAACCAGUCAUUUCAAGCGGCUCUGGCAUGUAGUUUGUCCUCCAUCACCCUCAAGUUGAUGUUUGCUGACAGAGAGUGUCCAUUACACAACAGAGAGAUCUCAGUUUCAAAUGAAGCCUGUGACACCAAUUUCAGCUUCCUUUGAAGUCAACAGGCCUUUCGCUUCAUUACCUCUAUGCUGUCUGGUGCUCAAAAUCAUCUUGCAUAAGACCUCUCUUUCCAAAUCCUGACUCAGUGUUGUGUUUGGCAGACACUGACACGUUUGUCACGUCCCAGAUCAAAUGGAAAUUGACUGGAGUCCUUUUCAGCAAAGAUAAGACGAAGCACUUGACUACGCAAGCGGUGAAAGAAGUUUUGCCUGGUGUUAAGUUUUAUCACAAAGCCAUCCUCGAUUAGUCUCAUUCAAGACGUAAGUCCUGAAGAGGAAACAGGUAAAACUAGGCUUUGCAUAAUGUAUACAGAUAUUGAUGAUCAUUUGUCAACCUGUGACCUCUGGUGAUACAAAAACGCAGGAGUAAAAUCUGCUUGGUUCAUUAGUUCCUUCACAUCGCCAACAGAUUUCAGUUUGGUUUGAAAACAAAGAAAAGGCCAAAAAUUUGUUUUGAAGAAGAAGAAAUAUCAGGAGGUUCUCAAACAUCUGAGUCACAAUCCUGUCAUCCUUCUCAGCAAAGCAAAAGUUCAUAAAAUUACAAUUCCCUUCAAUUCUCCCAACUUUUCAUUUGCUGCAUCCAUACCCUCAAUGAUGACUUGAGCAGUUUUCCCUGUAAUAUGACGCCUUUUAAAUAGCUUUAACACAUGAAAUGGGAUUUAAAUCAGAGUGACUUUUCCUUUCCCUUGUAAGAUCAGUAGGAUGUAGCAUUGGAGUCCCUCAAGCCUUGGUUUCUGUGUUUAUAGGUGCCCCCAUGUGAAUCCAAUUUCCCUUUCAAUGUUCUACAAAAUUAUGUUUAAUCUGAUCAGGCAUGGUUUGAGUUGGAAAAAAUGUGGAUUAAUCCUCCAGAUUGAUGUCAACCCAAGGGUCAGGGUUACUCUUUGGAUGGACUUUGAUUUUUCUUUGAUCCUCUUUGAUUCAGUUUGGGUGUCUUUAUUUGUAGUUGGACAUCACUGCCCCUGCAAAGGAAUGACGAAAUAUUUUGUUGUGUAACAUGCACAAAAAAAGUCUCUGGGUAAUCAGGACACCAAAUGAAAGAUUUGGGAUGACAUGAACCAGCUGCUUUGUCCCUGAGUGUUUUCCACACCAUGCUUUCAUCUACUUGCUAAUGCUGAUCUUCUGGGUACAGCUUUGACCUUCUUGCAUCAUGGGAUAAACCCGCCUCAUCAUUUUUUCUUAACCUUUAAAGGAAGCUUAGCUCAAAGGAGCAAACUCCCAAAGGCUCAUACUUCAAAAAACAACUCAAUGAAUUGGGCCAUACCUAACUGCACAGGCU